CAGAAGAAAUGUUUCUGCCCAUGCUCACAAGGACAGGAGGGGAUCCGCCAGACUGCAGCUGAUAGAUGUGUUGUGGCCAGUGAUGUAAUGUUGCCUGUUUGGUGACUACGGAUGGCUGUCUGUGCCAGGCUCUGCGGAGUGGGUCAGUCGCGGAGGUGCCGGAGGCGACAGCGGCAUAACCAGCAGGAUCAAGCUAGCGAUUCCGACAUGGAUGAGGAGGAAGAGGAGCGGAUCGUGGGUCCGAGGCAAGUCGACGUCGGCGACGGCGGAGGCCUUGAGAGCGGCGUCGCCACUGCAGGGCCGGGUGACGCUUGUGAAUAUGGCAGCGGUCAUGUCAACAGAGGAGGCUUUCUGGAUCGCACAAGCACGGGACCUCCGCACCCGCAGUCAUUAGCGGAGCUACCGCCGGAGCUUUUAGUGGAAAUAGUCUCCUUGCUUCCCGGGACAGCACUACCAAACGUUGCCCUCGUCUGCAAGAAAUUUAGACAAAUACUUAACACUGAAACCAUCUGGAGAAGGCGGUGCAUGGAAGAGUUUGGCAUGAAGGAUGAUCUGAGGAAGAUGGAAGUGGGAGGAGUAUCUAGCCGGGACCUCUAUGUUAAACGUGUCAACCCACGGGUGAAGUCUGGGCGCUUUAUGAAGCUCCUCCCGGAUUACGAGCACAUGGACUAUAGAGACGUGUACACACACUUGCUUCACCCUUACAGACAUAUCUUGGGCUUAUGGCAGCCUGACAUAGGGCCUUAUGGUGGAUUGCUCAAUGUUGUGGUGGACGGGCUGUUUAUCAUCGGCUGGAUGUAUUUGCCACCUCAUGACCCCCGUGUGGAGGAUCCCAUGAGACGACGGCCGCUCUUUCGUAUCCACUUGUUGGAAAGCAAUAAAGCCACUGUAGAGUGUAUGUACGGACACAAGGGUCCCCACAAAGGAGACAUACAGACUGUGAAGAAGGAUGAAUUUUCAACAAAGUGUAACCAGACUGAUUAUCACCGAAUGCCAGGGGGCAGACAGGAGGAGUUCAGAACAUGGUUGGAGGAAGAAUGGGGCCGGACACUGGAAGAAAUCUUUCAUGAGCACAUGCAGGAACUCAUCCUUAUGAAGUUUAUUUAUACCAGUCAAUAUGACAACUGUUUGACAUACCGGAGGAUCUACCUGCCUCCUGCGAUGCCCUCUGACCUGCUGCCCCCGGGCCUCUUCAAAGGCACCUACGGCAGUCAUGGCUUGGAGAUUGUCAUGCUCAGUUUCAUUGGGACUUAUGCAAGAGCCACCAAGCUUACUGGAGACCCCAAUGUUCCUGCAGGGCAACUCACUUUGGAUGUUGACCUGAGACGGCCUGUGGUUCUCCCAGACUUGGAGCAGCAGCGCAACAUAGAGGAGCUGUCCCGGCUGGUAAUGGGGGUACACGAGGAAGUGCAGAGAGAAGAUCAACAACAGGCCAUGGACACUUCUGCCGCAGCCAGAGGGGCAGCCGAGGGGGCCUCUGGUGGUGCCAGCGUAGCAGAAGGGGUGGAGCCAGACCAUGUCAUGACCUGUUCAGACAGCUGCCAGCCUGGCCCCAGUACCACCACCAGUCCUCCCGAAGCCCAGCCCUUCGUCCUGCCCCUGGGAGUUAUGGCUCGCAACGAGGUCUACCCUCGCACCUGCAGGAAAUGCUUCUAUGGGACAGGCCUGAUCGCUGGGCAUGGCUUUACAAGUCCAGAGCGCACCCCGGGGCUCUUUGUGCUGUUUGAUGAGGACCGUUUUGGUUUCAUCUGGCUGGAGUUGAAAUCUUUCAGUCUGUACAGUCGCCUGACGGACCACCUAGCUCACUCUCACGCCCCGAAUAUGGAGCGAUUUGAGGCCAUGCUGAUGAACAUGCAGUCCUGGACGUCCUGAUGAACCAUGUUCUAAGCUUCCCCUUACAAUACAUAAUAACAACCAUUUUUACACAAAUCCCCUCUGUCCUCUGCUAACUAAACGUUACCAAUGCGAUAGCUAUAACUUUCCACGUUCUGUCUAAAUCUGUUUUACAAUCAUUGCGUUUUACAGUCUAAUUAAGCUAGUAAUGCCACGCUGACUUGGCACACGUGCGCUCCUGUUCUUAGAGAAGCACUUCAAACGGCCUUCCAAGUCACCUUUUAUCGGCACACCUCAGUAUGAACGAAAUCCUCCAUUGCAGCAUGAAAGCAGGUCACAUUAACCUUUUAUUUAACUAUUUAUUUAUUUAUUACCUGCAGGAGAUGAGAUGGAGUGAGAUUUCAUACCACUUAGUGGGGAUAAAACUGUGCGUGCCUCUUAUUCUAAAAGCAUGUCUGUACUUGAUAGUGCUUGAAGAUGAUAAAGGUGUCCAAUGUAUUCUACUAUAUAGCAUUAUAUUGAUUUCAGUGCCCAACGUGAACUGCAUGCUGCAUUUUAUUUAGAUCUAAUUGCAUCUCACUCAUAAACACGACCUGAACAUGAUAUUCUAUUGUCAUUAAGCAGCAUGCCUUCCUUUUUGUUAUGUUUUGCUUUAAAAAAGCAAAAACAAAAAAAAGGUUCUCAGUUUUUUUUUUCUCAGCGAAAAACCGGACUAAAGUAUUUAUGUUUAUAACAACAAUGUAUCAAGUCCCAUUCAUUUUACUCAUUUGUCCAGUAGAAAAACAAAGUAAGUACAAUUUUCUAACUAUUGAGAAGCAAGGGUUUGCUGUCUUAACACUUCAGCUACUACAUCAGCAAGUUUUGGCCCUUUGAACUUGAGAGAUAGUGAUGCUGUUGAAAUGGUUAAGUCUGCAGCGAGGAACUCUUUAUCUCCUACAGCUACUGGAGGAGGAACUCCUUGCAGCUCAGUUAGACCUUUAAUAACCCCACAAAUGACGUAAUAUGUAAAUUGGAAAGAUAUAUUGUACUGCAAUAGAAUAACAUAACCUAUACAUAAGCUGAUCAAAAUUAUGCAGUUUUUGAAGACUUGUAUUACGAUGGUCUGAAACAGAAACUUCUCUAACAUUUUAAAUGUAUUGCAUUUGUUGUUUGUUUCAUUGGCUGAUGUAACUUUUGUCUGGCUUUAUACCUGCAAAGCUAUUCCCUCCAGUUUUCCAGUUUGUUGUGGACUUGAGACCAGGCUACAAACAGGUUAAAGUACAUUUUGAUGUACAAAGUAAGUGUCUGUAUGGCUCAUUACAGCCUGAUGGUGUUGCCCUGUAGCUUUCUUACUCCAAGUGCACUUUUCUGGGCAUUAUAGUGAAUCAUUCAAAACCACUGGCCAACACUUUUGUAAAAGACUGCAGCUUUACUAACAUUUGCAAAAGAUAAAGAAAAAGUGUCAACUUCAUUUUAUUAUUUUCCUUCUAAAUUUAGUAUACUUAUUUUAUACAAUCCACUUUGUUUACCCAGCUGUUUGAAUGAGUUGCCUACGAAAAGUAUUGUAUUAUAUAGUAUUGUUGUACUAUUCUCAUUGCAAUACGCCUGGUUUUGCAGAAACAAACUAAGUUUGACUUAUUGAACUGCUCACAUUGGACUUCAGGGAGCUUUACAGCUUCAGCGCUCCUCCCAGUAAUAAAAACUACAAAACUGAAAAA